AUUAUUUGCAACUUAUUUAGGAGACUAACCUAAAAGUUAAAUAUUCAAAGCCAAACGUCAAACCUGAAACUAGAAAUAGUAUUUUUCUGAUGAAGUUCAAUUUAUAGGUAUUAAAAUCGGAGUUAAAUAACUUUAAUAUUCAGAUAUUAUUUAGUCGGACAAAAUUCUGGUCAUUAAAUAACUAAGAUGUCAGAUGCCAACGUAGGAUCGAUGGCAGCAUCUGCUUUAAGUGUAGGGGAAGAUCGAUCUACAAGUAUUCCAGCUGGAUCAGAUGAAAAGGAGAAGUAUUAUGGAGGCUGUGAGGGCCCAGAUGCUAUGUAUGUGAAGCUUGUUUCAUCAGAUGGUCAUGAGUUUAUUGUCAAACGAGAGCAUGCACUUACAUCUGGGACUAUCAAAGCAAUGUUGAGUGGUCCAGGACAGUUUGCUGAGAAUGAGGCUAAUGAAGUUAAUUUUAGGGAGAUACCGUCACAUGUAUUGCAGAAGGUGUGUAUGUAUUUCACAUACAAGGUCCGUUACACAAACUCGUCUACAGAGAUCCCGGAGUUCCCCAUUGCACCCGAAAUAGCCCUAGAACUGCUUAUGGCUGCUAACUUCUUGGACUGUUAAAACUUGUCAGGAUCAUUGUCUAUAUGUAUUAAUGUAUUAUUAAUAGACAUGGGCUUAAACAUAUGUUUUUUACCGUUUAAAUUAAACCUAAUAUUUAAUACCAAUAAAUCUAUUCAAGGUUA